CCCAUCCCGGGACCAGAGCCUGGCGGAAACGAGGCGUCGCUGACACCAGCACGAUUACGCUCGGCCCGAACGGCUCGUCCGUAACGGGCGACAUGGGACAUGGCGCGCGUGCACAGCAGCACCACAACUUGCUCGCGCCGCUCGGGCAGUAUCUCGACUCGGACGUCCGCCUCGUCAUCUCGAACCACGACCAAGGUAGCCAUAUCCUCAACGACGAGCUGCGGCACGCACUCCUCGACCACGCGGCGGCCGGCACGCUGAUCGACACGGAAGAGCUCAGGCGCCUCGAAAACGCCAGAGACUACGGGCUUGGCCUUCUCGUCGUGUGUCCCGCCGACUCGCCGGCGCGGCGCGCCCAAGCGGCCGUGCGCGCCGGCAACGUGUCCGCGCCUAUGCCGUAUGCCGCCCAAUUCGCCGAUGAGCAGACGACGUUCGUGUAUGACCCCCGGCCGAAGAUGAACUUCUGCCACGCGCCCGAGCUGCUCGACCUCCACGGCGCAAUGAGCUGGCAUUUCCGACGCCACUGCAACCUCCGCCCGCUGUUCCAGCAGAGCAAGCUCGCACAGUGCAGCGACAUGGUGCUGACGCCGCUCGGGGGUGUCGCGAAUGCCACAAGCCCCGAGGGGAUGCGGACCUCGUCCGAGUGGGCGGACAAGACGGUGCGCAAGGUGUUCUGGCGCGGCUCCAUGACCGGCGACCACUACUCGGCGAAACAGGCGAACCGGGAGACGUACAACUGGCGGCACUCGCACCGGCCACGCCUGCAUCUCUUCGCGAACAAUGCGAGCGGGGAUGCGCGGGUGUGGGUGCGCGCCGCAGGCGGUGGGUGGGAACAGCGCACGUUCGCCCAGGCCGAGCUCAGCGAGAAGUACCUCGACGUCGGAUUGGCGGGCAAGGUGUCGCAGUGCGACGAAGACGGGACGUGUGAGGAGAUGCGGGCCGAGAUCGCGUUCAAGGAGCACGUCAAACCCGAAGAAGCGAAGAAGUACGCCUAUGUCAUCGACACGGACGGAAACGGGUGGAGCUCGCGCUUCCACCGCCUCCUGUCCAGUGGUAGCAUGGUCAUCAAAACGACGAUUUAUCCCGAGUGGAUGACCGACUGGCUGACGCCAUGGGUGCACUAUGUGCCCGUCCAGGCCGACUACAGCGAUCUGUACGAUGUCAUGUCGUAUUUCGCAGGCUCGCCUGACUCGGAAGGCGCAGACGUAGGCGAUGCCGCGGCCCGCGAGAUCGCCCAGGCCGCGGUACAGUUCACGCGCACACAUUGGCGGUGGGAGGACAUGCAGGCGUACAUGCUGCGCAUGGUGCUCGAGUAUGCGCGUCUGGGGGCCGAUGACCGGCGGGCCGCGAGUUAUCUUGGAAACUCGCGCAUCGUGAGGCAAUGA